UGUAUGUUGCAGGGGUUCAAGAUGAUUUCUACAUUAUGGCUGGGGGGGGCUCUCUGCUGUCUGACGUUGCUCCCAGGGCUUCUGGAGGCCAAAUCAUUACUGACUGCCAUCAAGCAGGAAGAAAUGGUUCCUCUCAGUCAUUUUAAUAUUGACUCAGAGAAAGCAAAUGACUUCCUGACUCACUCCAGACCAAAGCGUAACGCAGACUCUCGAUGGUACAGAGGAAACCCAGACUUCCAGUCUUAUUACAGAUACUACAGCAGCAUCGGACACACUGAGGGGCUCUAUGAGAUCGACAAGCUGCGGAUGCUCUACCAGCAGAUGAGGUACCUGGAGCACACCUACGGCCCAAACGCCUCCUAUUUCCAGAACAAACUGGGGGUGCCGAUGAUCAUGUGCGACCCAGCUACAGACAAGAAGUGCAAAGUUAUUCCUCCUCCACCCCCGAUGAAAGGGGUCCCAAAGCCCACAGAGCCCCCAGUGACCCCUCCUCCUCUUCUUCCUCUUGCUCCAUCCAUUUCCCAGGCUGAUGUGCUGUACCUGUGCAACAAAAAGGACCCCCUCUGCAAGCCCCACAUUGUCUACAUGCCCACCGGCGCCGUGCCCGUGCUCUGCGACCCCCGCUACCACCCCCACUGUUCCCCCCAGAAGGCUCCACCGGCCCCUGUGGCAGUGCCUCAAUUUCCUCCACCUCCACCAAUGAAGUCCGCCCCACCUCCGCCUCCGCCAGUCCUCGUCAAGAAGUCUCCCCCUGCCCCCAUCCGCACCUUCAAGGGCAUGGAGUACGACUGUGAUCCCUACUGGGACCCCGACUGCCUGAUUGACCACCCACCCAGGCCUAUCAAAGGGAAGAUUAUGGUUCCGCCACCACCACCCCCUGCUGUGGAAGAGAAGGAGGAGCCCGUGGAGGAGCCACCCCCUCCUGCACCCAUCGAGAAGAAAUUAACCGUUUACCCUUACCCUUACUACUACCCUAUGCCCUACGACCCCAGGGAUGAGCUGUACGACCCAGCCCGCUUCAAGUACCCAGAGCCUGCUGCUGCUGCUGAUGAGCCUGCAGAGGACAGUCAGUAAAAAGUCCAGGAUGUUUCGGAGGAAAGGUGUUUCUCUUUAAACACACAAGACUUUGAUAGAAAACAUCUAAGUUGCACAAUUUCCAUAUUUUGUGGUGGUUUUUUUUUUUUUAGCUUGUAGUUUCCCUGCAAGUGUACGGUCACAGAAAACAUCAUGUGCCAAAGCAUUGAAAAGUUGCAGCGUUUGUUUAAACCUUAUUCUUAAAUUGACAACUUUGUGUAUUUACCAUCACUGUCAGCAUGUAAAAAAGCAGUCAAUACAAGUAUGUAAUGCAGAUGGUCUUUGAGACUUAAUAAAAUGUGAAAAAACUGUUUUUCCUCA